AGACAGCUUGGUGAAGAUGGGUCAGCGGCGCUGCUUCUUGUAAUAGGCACUCACUGUCCUCAGUGUGCGGCUUCAUCUCCCGAGCGCUGCGGGCCGGGACAAGAGCAGCGGAGAACAACUAAACUACCCCCACGUCCAGCCCCUUCAGACGGAAAGGCUCGGCUUUCAAGAGGAAUUAAAACCGCCUUCCCUCCGUUGCAUUGGUUGCUUUCGACGUGAAUCCUUUUUACUUCCGCUGCAGUUUGGAGUCGGCUUGCAGCGACGUGUUCGUGAAUAUUGCUCCCAGGAUCCCAAGUCAACAGCGUUGUGGAGGGACGACUGUAUCCUGAAACCCCCUUCCUUCAUUGACUGUAAGGAGCGUCUCUCAAGGCGAAAGAGCUGCCAUUCAGUCCAACUACAACGUCGAGGCGACUGGGGUUCCCGAUGUUAAAGCCCCCGGCGGGCGAUGGUGUAAUUCCUUCCGAUACUGAUGGUUUCAUUUAACUGAAUAUAACAAUUGGAACCUGAAAGGAUAACGGACUACUGAAUCAAAGACAGAACAUGUUGAAGAAACAUACAGCACAUCAAUCAGAAUCUGGGAGUUGAUUGAAAGCUUUUAAUUUCAAGAGCCGGUGGUUACCUGUGAGGGAAGAUGGGGAAUUCCGAUAGUCAUUCAUUUCAGGCAGCCUGGCGAAAUCAAUUCUCAGAUGAAGAGCGGACUUUUCUGAGCAUUAUUUUUGACACUAUUUCUGGAUCCGAUACCCCUGAAGAAACAAAGGGCGGGAAAGCUGCCAAGAAGCAGGUUACCCUGGCCAUGCUAAAGGCAUACGUUCAUAGAGCGGUAAUAGGUAGAAUGACGAUCCGAAUGUACAAUGGAAUGAGGGGCACUGAUCCAAUAAAAAAAUCGACUGUCACCGACUGUGUAAGCAAGAAACAGUUUCUUAGCUUUCUUUUUCAUGCCAUGCGAGGGAGUACUGAAGAAAGAAGUUGCAUCAUUCAAAGUAUGAUUUCCACUAAUCCUGAUGCCCCAGUGACAGGAAGGCAAGUAAAAGAGUUCACAGAAGAUAUGAUCAUAUCGGUGAUCCACUUAUUACGGCAAGAGAAGAUGCUGAGGGGUUGGAAUGUAGAGAAAACUGCAGAUUGUAUUUUGGGGACAACGCGUUUGACUGCCUAUCUGAUGUCUGAGUUGAAGAUUAAAGGUGAAGAUCUGCCUGCAGAGCAUUUACAUUCUGUGGAAAUAAGCAAGAGUGCCCUUAAGGACUGGGUGUACAGAGUCCCCCAGAUCCCAAGUUUGCUGCAUGCACUGGUCGCUAUGGGUCUUCAUCUUGCGAAAUCAGAGGGCCAAGGCGAAAUCUUCAGUUCAAAUCUGGUGCUGCCACAGUGUGUGGGCAUAAGAUUUUCUGGGAUGUAUACUGUUUUGGACAUCCCUUCUGUUCUUUAUCUCAAAUCCAACUUGCCUUCAGAGAACCAAAGCCAGUGGAAGCUGGUGUUCUCCUCCCAAAUCCACGGAGAAAGUUUCUCUCGUUUUUCCACUCAGAUUCUUCAGAAAGGACCAACGUUGUUGAUCGUAAAGGAUACAUUUGGAUAUGUCUUUGGAGGAUUUGCCUCAUGCAGCUGGGAGCUAAAGCCACAGUUUCAAGGGAAUAGCACAUGCUUUUUAUUUACUCUUAGUCCAAAUCUGGGGGUCUUCACGUAUACAGGUUACAACGACCACUACAUGUAUCUAAACCAGGGCCAACAAACCAUGCCAAAUGGACUUGGCAUGGGUGGGCAGCACAAUUACUUCGGAUUGUGGAUUGACAGUAACUAUGGUUCAGGCCACAGCAAAGCAAAUCCACGAUGUACAACUUACAAUAGUCCUCAGUUGUCUGCCCGGGAACAUUUUACCAUUGAAACUAUGGAGGUUUGGUUGGUGGGGAAUUUCACAGAGAGUGAUCUGUCCAAGACCAAGAGUGUCCUUGACGCUGACCCGGAAGCACAGGCCUUGCUAGAUAUGAUUGGAAAAACGAGGGUGAGUGACGGACUGCGGGAACCCGGUGAAGAAGAAGCAGAAGAAUGAAGAGAUUUAUAAAAAGUAAAAAACAAAAUGUAAUACAAUGCCACCAUUAUUCCUUAAAAACGGGAGAAAUCCUAAAUUAGCCGGUUGACGAAGAUAGAAUCUUCUGCACUUCCACGUGAGAUAAUAAUCAAACAAAGCAUAUUCAAAGAUGUGCUCGAUCUUGCAACAUAAGUAUAGGGGCAAUAGAGCAUUGUCAAUUGAUUCCUGGGCUGGCUAUCACAUAAGGCAACGUCAAUCAAAUGACUAAUUGUUCUGUUAUGAACAUAGCAGGUUUGUGGAAGAAGGCAUAUGAGGAAACGAUUACGUAGAUAAUUAGGGGAAGAAAUGUCACUAUUUAUUAUGCCUACCUCAGUCCAUUUUAUCUAUCAUGUAGUAUUGAGCAAAUAUGAAUUGAAUUUGGUGUCAUUUGGAGUCAAAUGUUCGAAAAUAAUUUGUACCAAAUUAAUAUUUGCCUUGGAUGGGAGUAUACAGUUCAGUGAACUCUGUUUCAGAUUUUGUAUUUCUCUUCUAAAUCUAACCUGCAUUUUCAACAAAAGGAUUUUGGUCAUUUAAUUACCUAGUAUUGUGAUUUAUAUUGCACAAAACAUUAGUAACUGCAAAACAUACAGUAUGUAAUACUGAUGCAAAACAAACUAUAAUGCCUUAAUGGGUGUUGUCAUGAGAAUAUCUAAGCAAACUUCAGUAUGUUUUAAGAGACUAUAUUGGUGUGCAGAAAUGAAGCAUCCAUCUUGCACUAUUAAAAUAAGGCACUUUCUGCAACACGGGUUUGAUAUUUUGAAGAUGGUAGAUGUCAAUUCUGUGAUUUUAAUUAGGAAGCUUCAUCUAUCUUUGAUGGAAAAGUUUGUACCACUCUUUGAAGUAGCUUAUGAAUAUUUACUGAACCCCAGCUUUGCAGGUGUCAGUAUGAUGUGCACCAUGAGGAAGCUCGGGAGCCGAUUCAGACGAUCCAUGGGUGAGGCAUUACCUAAGAAUAUAAAAGAUAGGAGCUGGAGUAAGCCAUGUGGCCCUUUGAAACAUUAUCAAGAUCAUGGCUGAUCUUCCACCCAAGUGCCAUUUUCUUGCAUAGUACUCCCUCCCAUAUUCAUUAACAUCCAGAAAACUCUUUGAAUUAAUUCAAUGAUUGACUGUGAUCUUCACAGUCCUCUGGAAUAGAGAAUUCUCCUCGUCUCAGUCAAAAACAGCCUGUCCCUGAUUCUGAAACUCUGACCCCAUGGUUCUGACUCUCAGCCAGGGAAACAGUUAUUCUUCCUCCACCCUGUCCUGUAGUGAGUUUGUACGUUUCAAUGAGAUCUCCGCUCAUGAGUCUACACUCCAGACAAUGUGGACCUUGUUUAUUUAAUCUCUCCUCGUUAAACCCAGGAACCAGUCUAGUGAAUCUUUGUACUACCUUUUAUGUAAGAAACCAAAAGAGUACAACAAUCCUCCAGUCAUGUUCUCACCAGGGCUAUAGCCAUUGCAUUAAGAGUUCUUUAUUCUUGUAUUGAAAUCCUCUGGAAAUAAAGGCAAAUAUACCA